UGAGCCAACCUUGUGUUUUAACUUUCAAGUUUGUGGCUAAGGUUAGUGAUGGCGAAGUCAUUCUAGAAGGCCUCUGCUAGCUGUCCCUCUUUGUAAGAUUCGAAAGAAACAUUGUAUUAAGAUGACAUACAGUAAAAAACUACUAAAGGGAAUCUCUCAACGUUGUCUCACAUGUUUGCUUCCAUUUGGAGAAAUCUCGAUAUCCUGGAAUCAAGGAAGGAGCAACUACUAUGUUGUGUGUGUUAAACAAAUGUUUUAAGAUGAAUAAUUACGUCACUUGUGUCAUCCAUUCGUCGUUUAGCACGUGUCAAUAUCUGUAACUGAAGAGCUGAAGUUCCUUCGAGCCUGCUGAUUAGUUUAAUCUGAUGAUCUAAUCAUUCAAUUUGCAAGACUAUAAAAUAUAGUGAAUCUGUUGUCACAAAUAGUUUUGUACUGAUCUCCUGAAAAAUGAAGAAUGCAGAGAUAAUAUUUGUGCCUGCCCCGGCAAGAGGACAUCUGAUAUCCAUGGUUGAGUUAGCUAAGUUAUUCAUCAAGAGAAAUGAAUCUGUAUCUGUUACAAUAUUCAUCAUCAAGUUCCCUUUUGAUACAGGCGUUAAUUCAUAUGUGGAAUCGCUUUCACAGCACCCUAUUCCACGAUUUACCAUCCUAGAAAUUCCACCGAGUGAUUCAGAAUCAUACAAAUCUCAUAAUCACCACACUUUGCUCACAGCAUUUAUUGAAGGCCAUGUGACAAAUGUGAGGGAUCAAGUUAUGGCGAUGAGGCAACCUGAUUACCCAACUCGGUUAGCUGGAUUCGUUGUAGACAUAUUUUGUGUUCCGGUAAUUGAUGUGGCCAGAGAAUUAAGCAUUCCCUCGUAUGUUUACUCACCCUCUGGGGCUGGUUUACUCAGCAUUGUGUUACAUCUCCAGGACCUGACGGAGUUUCAAAACAAAGAUAUAAGUGAGUAUGAAAACUCGGAUGCUCAAUUAUCUGUUCCUUAUUUCAGAAGCCAGGUUCCUGCUAAGGUCUUGCCAGCUAUAUGUCUGGACAAAGCAGGAUCUCAACUGAUGUUACUGUGUGCACGCAAGUUAAGAGAGUCUAAAGGGGUUAUUGUGAACACAUUCGUGGAGCUGGAGACCUACGCUGUGGAGUCACUUAUGGCAGAUAAUAAGAUCCCUCCUGUUUAUGCUGUCGGACCAAACCUAAAUAUCAGUGCUGGAGAUGAAGAUUACGAUGAAGCUGCAGAUAUUCUCAAAUGGUUAGAUGAAAAGCCUCCCUCAUCUGCUGUGUUCUUGUGCUUUGGGAGCUUUGGAAGUUUUCCUCAAGAUCAGGUGAAGGAGAUUGCACAGGCUCUGGAGCACAGUGGACACCCCUUCUUGUGGGCGUUGCGUCUAAUUUCAAUAGAAAGCCGCCUGAAAAGGUACACAAACUUGGAUGACAUUCUCCCUCCUGGAUUCCUGGAAAGAACAUCAGGAACUGGAAAAAUUAUCGGAUGGGCCCCACAGGUUGCUGUGCUGUCACACCCUGCAGUAGGAGGGUUUGUCUCCCACUGCGGUUGGAACUCCAUACUAGAGAGUGUGUGGUUUGGAGUGCCUGUGGCAACAUGGCCAUUGUACGCGGAGCAGCAACUGAAUGCUUUUGAAAUGGUGAAUGAGUUAGGAAUGGCAGUGGAUAUUUGCAUAGACUAUGAAGAUCAUGUAUUAUCUAAAGGUGAGGUCAAGAUUAUCGAGUCUAAGAUUGUUGAGUCAAAGAAAGGGAGGUAAUGAAGGAAGGAAGUGAUAUAAGGAAGAAAGUGACUGAGAUUAAGGGGAAGAGCAGGACUGCCAUGGCAGAAAGUGGUUCGUCUUACAUCAAUUUGGGGCGGCUAAUUCAGGACAUCAUAGCAUCAUAAGAAACUAAUAACAUGUAGUCUCUUGUAGCUGCUAUAUUUCUUUCCUACAUAUAAGUGUAUCUUUCUUGCAAAUUUAAUAACCCCAAUGUAUGUUAAGCAACCAAUAAUAUAAUUUCAAGAAUGUCGUGUUUAGUGG